UGCGCAUGCUCUGCAUUCCAAAACAUUUCUAUUUUCAAAUUAUUUAUCUAGUAGUUUUCCGAUUUACCAGUCUUAUGUGAUCAAUUAAACAUAAUGAAGCGUGUAUUUAGUUUAUCAGAAAAGAUUCAUGGCCAGGGUGGAAUCUACUAUAGUUGGCAAAAGACUCUUGGCAACUACUUAGCAACCACAGGGUUUGAUCACAUGGUUAGGAUCCAAGAUAGACAUGGUGAAUUGAAGGAUGAAAUAAGUCUGCCUGGGAUGUGCACAGGUAUUGGAUGGGAUAAAGAUGGCGAUACUCUUGCGAUCAUUAAUGACAAAUCUGGCGUAAUAUUCCUCUGGGAUGCCAACACCCAUAAAACAUCUCAACUUGAUAGUGGUCUAAGGGAUUCACUUUCUCUAUUGCUGUGGUCGAAGACAGGUCCCCAAUUAGCUAUAGGAACAUCAAAGGGAAACUUGCUAAUAUACAAUCACCAAACUUCGAGGAAAGUACCAAUACUUGGCAAGCAUACAAAGAAGAUAACAUGCGGAGCCUGGAGUCAGCAAAACCUCCUAGCCCUUGGAAGUGAUGACAGGACCAUAACAAUCAGUAACUCAGAGGGGGAUACGAUACGUCAGACAUCCCUGAGGGCAGAGCCUGCCGAUAUACAAUUCUCAGAGAUGAAGGGCGAUGAAAGGAGCAAUAUUGGAGAAAACACAGUGAGUGUGGUGAUAGGAAAGAAGACACUGUUUCUGUAUAACAUGAAUGAUCCAGAGAAUCCAAUAGAGUUAGCUUUCCAGGCAAGAUAUGGCAACAUCAUAGCUUACAAAUGGUAUGGAGACGGCUACAUCAUGAUUGGUUUCUCUCAUGGUUAUUUUGUUGUCAUAUCAACACACAUGAAAGAAAUAGGGCAGGAGUUGUUUCAAGCAAGGAAUCACAAGGACAGCCUCACAAGUAUUGCAAUCUCACAUGCCCUCAACAAAGCUGCAUCCUCGGGAGACAACUGUAUCAAAAUCCAUGAUCUGUCCGAUUUGAAAGAAAUGUACGCAAUCAUAAACCUUGAUGAUGAGCGAGGCCUUGAUAAAAUCUCAUGGACUGACGAUGGCCAGCUGAUGGCCAUUUCAACACAACGUGGUAGUUUGCAUGUAUACCUAACAAAGCUUCCUAUGCUUGGUGCGUCAUAUGGAACGAGGAUUGCGUAUCUGACAUCUCUGCUUGAGAUUACCGUACAAGACAGUAUUGCUGAGGAGACCCCAUUGCCAACAAGUAUUGAUGUAGAGCCUUCGUUUGUGGGAUUAGGGCCAUACCACUUAGCUAUUGGCAUGAACAACAGAUGCUGGUUCUAUCUACUGGGGGAUAGUGGGACAGAAAAGCUGAAAGACAGAGAAUAUCUGGGAACAGUGCAGAGUAUAAAACUUAACUCUGACUACGCUGCCGUUCAUUUUGAAGGCAAAGUCAAUCUUCAUAUGAUUGAGUCAGACACUACGAAUGAUGAACGUGACACAAGACUUUUCCCAGACAAGGAUGAUAGUAGAAUCACAUGUCAUGACAUCACACCCGAAUUCCUUAUUUAUGGCACUGAUUCUGGUGGCAUUUACUACUUCCUCAUAGAAGACUGGGCCUAUGUGAAUGAAUUCAAACACAUCGUGGGGAUUAGGAAACUUUACCCAGAUCCAAGCGGGACACGUCUUAUUUUCAUCGAUGAUAAAAGUGACUGUUUUGUGUACAAUCCAGUGAAUGAUCAGACAAUUGAUGUCCCAAAGUUCUCCAGUACAACAAAGGGGAUUCUCUGGGACCAGUGGCCACUGGAUAAGGGUCUUUUCAUUGCCUAUGACGAGGAAAAAAUCUAUACAUAUGUGUAUAGCAGAGAAUCUGUUAAUGGUAAUAGUACUAUGGUUACAAGCGGCGGUUAUAGUACUAAUGCUUUGCCUGGGGUUGAAACCACAGUUAGUUCACAGUGUACAUUUGCUGGAACUACAAAACUCCCAUAUGGACAAGUACCCAUAAUGCUUCACAAUGGGGAGAUUACAUUGCAGACGCAAAGUGGAAAGGUCGUGACCUUGACCCUUGAUACCCACAAUUCACCUGAUGAUAAGCCAUUGGAGAUGGAUCCUGUCGUGCUACGAGAAGCGCUUGGAAAGUGUAUCGCUCUACAUAGGUUUAAAGAUGCCUGGGGGUAUUGUAUAUGCUUAAACAACAAAGAGUGCUGGAAUAACCUUGGGAAAGCGGCCCUCAUGAAUCUGGACAUUGAGUUUGGAAUACGUGUCUAUCGACAUAUUGGCAAUGUAGGCAUGGUUAUGUCCUUGCAGAAAAUAAAGGGCAUUGAGGAUAGGAAUCUUCUCUCUGGUUACAUAGCAAUGUUUAUGGAGGACUUUGACUUAGCGCAAGAUCUGUUCCUUAAUUCCAGCCAACCUCUAGCUGCUUUGGAGAUGAGACGUGACCUUCUAAACUGGGACUCUGCAUUAAAGUUGGCAAAGAGUUUAGCUCCAGAUCAGAUACCAUAUAUCUCAAAAGAGUAUGCCCAACAGCUAGAAUUCACUGGAGACUAUGGAAAUGCAUUGAAUCACUAUGAGAAAGGUCUUACCAAAGAUGAUGCUCAAAGAGAACAUGAUGAGAGUUGUGCGGGUGGCGUAGCUAGGAUGUCGCUACGUAUGGGUGAUAUACGAAGGGGUGUUGGACUUGCCUCAAAGAUGUCAAGCAAAGUACUGAAGAAGGAAUGUGCCGCUAUUCUGGAGAGUAUGAAGCAAUGGUCAGAAGCUGCAAUGCUGUAUGAAAAAGGUGGAUAUUUUGAUAAGGCAGCAUCUGUUUAUAUACGCAGCAAAAACUGGGCAAAGGUUGGUGAACUUCUCCCGCAGGUUACAUCCCCCAAGAUUCACUCCCAGUAUGCAAAAGCAAGGGAGGCUGAUGGGAGGUACAAAGAUGCAGCGACCGCAUAUGCUAAUGCCAAAGAUUGGGAUAGUGUUGUGCGUAUAAACCUGGAACACCUUCAGAAUCCUGAAGAGGCUGUUAGGAUUGUUCAAGAGACUCAGAGUGUUGAUGGAGCAAAGAUGGUUGCAAAGUUUUUCAUGAAACUAAAUGAUUAUGCAUCUGCCAUUCAAUUCCUUGUGAUGUCUAAAUGCAACGAUGAGGCCUUCCAACUUGCCCAAGAGCACAGACAGAUGGAGAUAUAUGCUGAUAUUAUAGGUACGGAUGCUACACCUGAAGACUACCAGAGUAUAGCCCUGUACUUUGAAAAUGAGAAAAAUCAUUUCUUUGCCGGAAAAUUCUUCUUACUUUGUACACAGUAUCAGCGGGCAUUAAAACAUUUCCUGAGAUGCCAGAACACAGAUGACAACCAAGCAAUUGAGAUGGCCAUAGAAACAGUGGGCCAAGCCAAUGAUGAAAACCUGACACAUAAUCUUAUUGACUAUUUAAUGGGAGAGAAUGAUGGGGUGCCAAAGGAUGCCAAAUAUUUAUUCAGACUAUAUAUGGCUUUGAAACAACACAGGGAGGCUGCCAGAACAGCCAUAAUCAUUGCCAGAGAAGAACAAAAUGCAGGUAAUUAUCGCAACGCUCAUGAUGUGUUGUUCAGUAUGUAUCAGGAACUGAAACAACAAAAGAUCAAAAUACCAACAGAGAUGGCAUCAAAUCUUAUGAUUCUCCACAGUUAUAUAUUAGUCAAGAUCCAUGUGAAAAGAGGGGACCAUUUAAAGGGGGCCAGAAUGUUGGUUAGAGUUGCCAAUAACAUCAGCAAGUUUCCAUCACAUAUUGUCCCCAUCUUGACCUCUACGGUGAUAGAGUGCCAUAGAUCUGGUUUGAAGAAUUCCUCAUUUAGCUACGCAGCUAUGUUGCUCCGUCCGGAAUACAGAAAUAACAUUGAUCCAAAAUAUCGCAAGAAAAUAGAAGCAAUUGUUAGAAAACCGGAUAAAACAGAGGAGGAAGAACUGACCAGUCCCUGCCCUUACUGUAAAUUUGAUCUCCCGGGAUCUGAACUUAUGUGUCCAGAGUGUAAGAAUAACAUACCAUACUGCGUUAUAACAGGACGACAUGUUGUCAAGGAUGACCUCACAGCAUGUCCUAAUUGUGACUUCCCUGCUAUACACUCAGAGUUUAUAAGUAUCCUGGAGACAGAAGACAUGUGCCCGAUGUGCUCUGAGAAAGUUAUGUCAGAAAAUGUACAAAAACUGUCAAAUGUUGAGAAAUACUUGAAUCCUGAUGAGGGAGAUGAAUAGAUGAAUCUCAGAUUCUGUUUAUUAUAUAUUAAUAUAUGAAUAAUAUAUAUUAAUGUAUAAAUAAUAUAUAUUAAUGGUUGAAAGAUGGCGAAAUGUAAAAUUUUGAAGCUGGACUUUAUUAGGGUAGUAAUCACAGGCCAAUCAUUCCACAAGCUGCUCAAACUAGUAUAAUGAACAUUACGUAUUAAUGAACAUUAAUGAACAUUAAUGAACAUUGACACGAAAGUCAUACAGUGUAAAGAAUGGUCUCGAUCAUACAGUCACGCUGUAGGCUAUUUGAGUAUACGGUGUGUUGUUGAUACUACAAGAAUGACAAAUUAUUUAAGAUUGUUUUUUAAUGAAAAUGUUUAAAUUUAUUGUUUGCAUUUUAAAUGUACAGUUUGUAUGACAUAAAUUAAACAAUGAAU